AUGAAACUCAUAUCCCUCACAUUCCUUUUAUUUGCAUCGUAUAGGACUGCUUAUGCCGGAUCCGUAGACAUAGGGGGGCCCUGCUCAACUGGAAACAACAGACUACAAACCGGCACAUAUCAAUUUUGGAGCGAGUGCAACUCAGUAUCAUAUUGCUCCGACGAAGGUGUUUGCGUUGCCAAAGGUUGCCGAAAGGACGACUUUCCUUUUGGAUACGCUCAAGGAGAUCCAAAUCUUCCGCCAAAAUGUGGCAAGGGAGAGUUCUGUCCUGAUGAAGGCACCGAAUGCCAGCCAGUUCUCUCGGUGAACAGCCCAUGCCAGCUCAACCGUGACGAUCAGUGUGAGGGGCCAGAUAACUUCAAAGAGUUGGCCGAUACUAGUGGUCGAGGACUCAACUUCAAUGGCUCUGUGUGUCUAAACAACGUUUGCAUGUGGGCCAACGUUACUCUUGGGAAUAAGUGUGUCGUGGAAAAUACCCCUUACAUUGCAUACGGUGCAUCUGGGGAGUUUAUUGACAUAGUUUCGAGGGGAAACUGCAAGCUCGGUCUAUACUGUGACAGUUCUUCACUGGUGUGCAUGAACAACAAACUGCUGGGAGAGUCAUGUGAAGCCGAUAAAGAAUGUGAUUCAUGGAAUUGCCUUAGCUCUGGCGUUUGUGGGGUCACUGCUGCUACUCCACACCACUUUGGUGUCUACGUCUACAUCUUGGUUGCACUGGGCAUCAUCGGUGGGAUGUCUGGGACACUCACAGGGCUUUACUUUGCCCAUCGCAAGCAGCGCGAGCGCGAGCGCGCAAAACGUGCCCAAUACUGGAGAGAACAGAACGCUUUCCACCAAAACUUGAUGCAGAUGAGAGAAACUGCGCGGGCGUCAAUCCUUAAUCUCCGCACAACCAGUGGGGGCCGUAAUGAUUACACCCUGAGCCGGGACGCUUCCGACGAAUCGAACUCUGCGCUGCACACGAGCGGGCCGAAAGCCUCAGGACUGCGAAAUUACAUGGGAGAUGAUUCUGACAUCGAUGAUGGGCUAAUAAUGCAUUCUGGCAAGAAUGACGGACGAUUUUAG